UCCUGUAAAGGCUAUGGUCAAGCUAUUGGACACUGCAAUGGCUCAGCUGUCCCUCAAUUCUGAUGAGCCAGACACCCAACUAGGCCAAGCUCCCCUAUCACCUCCUGCAGAAGCUGAAGAAAGCCUUGGACACCCAGUUACUCUUAUACAGGAUACAUUGAAUGCGUCACAGAGGUCUAGAAUCUCCUAUCUCGUCUCCUCUGACCCACUACCCCCAGAGGCACUACUAGACCCUCCCAUCCUCGUUCCAGUCCCCUCUUUACCCUUAUCUUCUCCAAAACGAUUUAGAAUACUUAGAGAUAUAUCGGAAGAAGAGAAAGAUGACCUCAUAAUCACGCUAUAA